AUGCGCUUCACGUCUCUCAUUGCGCUCAUCGCCGUCCCGGCCGUGCUGGCCCAGGGCAGCCCGCCCGCGCUCCAGGGCUCGGUCACCACGCAGGGUGGCCUCGACAAGCUCGGCUCGGUCAACGUCGCCGGUGACGGCGCUGGCAACUGGUUCGCCGUCGACCCCAAGACGAACCACUACUGGACGCUCGACGGUGCCAUCAAGGACACGCUCGCCAAGACUGCGCCCACCCCGGGCGUCGCCCCCGCCACCAAGCCCACGAGGGACCUCGAGUCGCUCCCCCAGCCCGUGGCCCGCCACCCCCGUGACUUUUCCCCCGGCACGGGCGUGAGCCCCAACACGGUCGGCCACCUCAACGCCCGCUGGUGGAAGUGCAAGUCGAUCGGCCGCCCCUGCUCCAACUGCAAGGGCUGCAAGAAGGACUUCUGGGAGGGUCUCUGCUGCUGGAAGAAGUACUUCUGCUUCAUCCCCUACGCGUGGUCCCCCACCGGCCCCGGAUGGCACCCGCACCGUCGUGACGCCCUCCCCCAGGACCCCACCGACGGCGGACCCGGCAGCGGUCCCGGCGCCGGCGGCAGCACCGACGGCAGCACAACUCCUCCCCCUGCCGCCGGCGGUGGCGGCACCGACCCCGGAGCCGCUGCCGGUGGUGGUGGCGCCGCCCCCAGCCCCUCGCCCAGCCCCUCGCCCAGCCCCUCGCCCAGCCCCUCGCCCAGCCCCGCCCCUGCCCCCGCUGCUGGUGGCGGCCCCGGUGGUCCCGGCGGCGGAUCGACCGCUCCCCCCGGCACCAACCCCGAGGGCGGACCCAACCCCGGCCCCGGCGGUGGUGGUAACCCCAACCCCGGUCCUGGCGGUGGUGGUGUUGGCGGCGGCGGUGUCGGCGGCGGUGGUGUCGGCCCCGGCCCCGGCCCCCAGCCCGGAGGUGGAUGCUGGAAGGGUGUGUGCGACCCUUACGGCUGGUACUACCAGCAGGGCACUUGCCAGGUCUGGUAA